AUGGAUCUGAUUAAUCCUUAUAUGCGGCAUCACAGUUUUGCCGCCGCGGCCCAAAACAGUCCGCCUACAUCGGCCAAUCGCAGUCCCACGCUCCAUGCACACCAUCAUUUGGCCGCCGCCGCUGGCCUCAGCAAUGGCUUCGCCGAUGCACAUGCUCAUGCAGCGGCCGCCGCAUCCCUUGCUGCCGUCGACUAUCAGCAACAGCUGGCGGCGCGGGAACAACUGUUGGACUAUCACAGUGCCGCCGCAGCGGCGGCCUAUGCGGCCAACAAUAAUAACAGCUUGAGCAGUCCGCUCAUGCUGCUCAAGGCCAGUGCGCCGAAAUUGGAGGCUAAAUUGGGGCGUGGUGGCUCCACGGAGGACUCAUCGACUCCACCACCCAUGCUACUCUCACAUGCGGAACGCAGUGAGCAAUCGGCUGCCUCCUCCAGACUGCACUCAGAGUCUCCGGACAAUUGCCACGGCUCUCUACAUGGACGCACGCGCUACGAACAGAAUUCCAGUCCCGGCGUCGACAGCUCCAAAUCCUAUGCCGUCAGUCAGCGCAGUAGUGGCGAAGAGCCCUGCAACAAUAGUGAGUCAAGUCCACCACCGCCCGAUUAUAGUCCCGAAAAUCUAACUAGUCGCAAAUAUCAGACCGGACUGCCACCUAGCAGUGGCAAUCCGUUGGGUCUGCACAACCACAACAACAAUAAUAAUAGCAGUAACAACAACAACAACAAUGUGUUGAUGGGUGGCAACCCUGGUGCUGGCAUGCUCGAUCACAAGUUACCAUUGAGUUUUUUGGGGCCACCACUGGCCGCUCUCCACUCGAUGACCACGGAAAUGAAGACUGCACAGGGAGGUGGUGGUGGCGGCAGUGGUGGUGCCGGUUCUGGCAAUGGCAUGGCUGGCGCCUACGGCCACAGUCCCAAUGCGCAUUUGAUCAGUGAGCGUGUGUCGGGAGCGAAUUCCACAACCACACCGACAAAUACGCAGGGCGCGGCAAAUCCGCAUGGCAUCGAUACGAUAUUGUCGAAACCACCGCCAGUCACAUCGGCGGGUUUAAGUGCUUUAACCGGAGCUGGAAUACCACGCUUCUCCAUUGCCGCCGCAGCUGCCGGCAUGGCCCAGUAUUUGUCACAAAGUCAAGGAGCGCCGCUGAAAACCCACGCUGGCCACAUUGUCGAUCGUACGCAUCUGUAUUGGCCCGGUUUGCAGGGCCUUGUUGCCAAUCCCAUAGCGUGGCGGGAACGUCUGUCAAAUACCAUGUCCGCCAAUCUGUCGCAAUCACAUCAGCACCAUCAAGCUAACGAUAAGGAUGGCAAGAAGAAACAUACCCGCCCUACAUUCAGUGGUCAGCAGAUUUUCGCACUGGAGAAAACAUUCGAGCAAACCAAAUAUCUGGCUGGACCAGAGCGCGCCAAACUAGCAUAUGCCUUAGGAAUGUCAGAGUCUCAAGUGAAGGUUUGGUUUCAAAAUCGUCGCACCAAAUGGCGCAAACGUCAUGCGGCCGAAAUGGCCACGGCCAAGCGGAAACAGGACGAUAUGGGUGGCGAUAAUGAUGGCGAUUGUAGCGAGACUAUGGACAGCGAUAAUGAAAGUCUCGAUAUGGGAGAGACGCCAGCGCAAAGUAAGCGAUGUCGCAUGUCGUCUGGCUCCUCCUCAUCUCAGCAGCAGGAUAAUUAUCGUCAUUAA